ACUGACAUGCAGCAAGAAACACAAGAGGCAGGCAACUGCAAGAAGCCAGUAGCCCCCUUUUGAUUUUCAGGCUAGAGGAAGUGGGUGAUCUUUAAUUUCCUGAUGGGUGGAGAUAGCUCCACUAGGGCUUUUUUUUUUCUGCUUUCCAGAGAGCCUUGUGUAUUAUUGCUUCCUACAGAGCUGCAUAGAGGGGGACUCUGCUAGACCUGCACAAGCCAAGAAAGAAGAAUAAAGAGAAGAAAAGAUUGUUAGUGAGUGACUGGAAGAGGAGCACCGAUAACCAUUUUGCGCACCUUGAAAGUCAAGUCGGCAGCCUAAAUGGCCAGCAAUAACACAGCCAAUAUCGCGCAAGCCAGGAAGCUUGUAGAACAGUUGAAGAUGGAAGCCAAUAUUGACAGGAUAAAGGUAUCGAAGGCGGCAGCAGACUUGAUGGCCUACUGUGAAGCCCACUCCAAGGAAGACCCAUUACUGACCCCAGUGCCUGCUUCAGAAAACCCUUUUAGAGAGAAGAAGUUUUUCUGUGCCAUCCUGUGAAGUGGGAGUGACGCCUUGCACCACCAGGCUUUCCAAAUGCCGAUUUUUAGAAUUUUUAACACCAAGAACUCCUUAUACAGUCUGCAGAAAAACAGCAACCGCAUAACAACAAAUAAUACGUAAUAGCUGGAAACGUGGAUGCUCGUGUUGCAAAUACACGGCACCCAUUUGGAACAAGACAAAGUUCUUGCGACAAAAACUUGCUGUCUUUUCCAGGUCGUAGAAAGAAAAAAAAUUGUAAAGUAUAAAGCUUUGUGACACUUAAGUUAAGAUCCUGUUUCUUUAGGUUUGUUUUUAUUAUUAUUAUAAUUAUUUUUUAUCAUACGGUUUUGUUCCUGAUAUUCUGUUAAUUUAAAAAUGUUGAGGUUUAAAUUGUCAUUACUAGCAGCAGGAAAAAAAAACACAUUUUACAACGGUGUUUAUAUGUCAUAUUUUGAUAUUGUGCAUUGUUAGAGUAGCACAACAAUGGUUUUCACGGUUGGGAUGGUUUACUUUACACAAAUAAAUGUUCACAGCACGUACCGUACUUAGGGACUUUGCAGGAUGCCAUCUUUCACUAUAAUGAUAUUGCUAUUUUGUGUUCAUAAAGUAGACGGGAAUCUGACCACAAUUUUUAAUAUUUUUUGAUGUAGUUUUUGAAUCUGCAAAAAAAAAACAAACAAAAAAAAAUUGUCUAGUGCCAUCAUUUUUUUUAAUAUCAAUUUCUAGAAACUGUACAAGGCAUUCUACAUGGAAGCAAAAUUAUACACUUUCCACAUAACGUAAUAAGCCGCAAGUAGCUGUUACUCUGCCAUUGUGAUUUUGUAAUAGAUAUGAAUGGUGCAAAGGAAGAUGUAAUUAAAUAAUGAACGCUA